AUGACUGUGACUCAAGGGUCGACUACUUCCUUGAAGUUGGAAGGCUUUUCACCUGCUUGGCGUCAGGGCCUGGUUGUGUCAGAAGAGCAAAAGAAGGGUAGGUUCUUCCUAGCAGUGCGAGUGCUAGCCUCCGAGCUGGACGAACACCUGACCAGCUUUAGGGUGGACGACAACAUCUUCAUCCUAGUGGUUGGCACAGCUGAAAAGAUUCGACCCUCAUGCUCAGAGGUUUUCCGAGCCUUAGAAACGCCCCACGAAGCAGUGCUCCUCAAGGCUCAGAAUGCCAUGACAGCCGAAAGUUUGCAGUACGCUACGGCGUCCGAGGAUGUGGAGCCCCCACGAAGGAGCAGGAAUGUGACGACUGCCAGAGAGUCCGAGUCAGAAAGCGACCCUUUCGAGGAUGCUGGCGACAGCGAAGGGGACGAACUCUUCCAGCUGCUGUCACGCGCCAAAAAGAAACAGCUAGACAAGGCUACCGCCUCAGGCAGUGGCGAAAGGAGAGAAGUGCCCAGGCCCAAGAAGAACCGUUUUCCUCUGCUCAGCGAAAAGACUGUGAAGGAAGAGGACAACGACUCAGGUCUUCAAAGCAGCACUUUGCUUCAGACCCUGUUGGCCCAGAAUGGAAAGUCAGGUGCUGCAAUAGAUUUGAAUGCCUUAGUUCAAAUGGAGAUUCUGCGGACCCUGCAGGACAGCAAACUCAAAAAGAAACCGCAGCCAAAAGCCGAAUCCGAGAACAGCGACACCUCAUCAGAGGAUUCGAGCUCGAGCGGAAAGAUCCGUCUCAAAGGCGCCGGACGAGCCAUGAAGGCAUACCGCUUGGGGCACAAGCGGAUGAAGCGCCAUCCGCUUCGUCAUGUACGGAGAUACGUGCGAGAAGUGGAGGAAGCUCUGGGCGCAAAGAGGGGGACCCUGCUGAGCGGCCGAACAGAGCUCACGGCCUUGCAGUUGACGCAGCUGUUGCGGGCACUGCACCAAUGCGGAAUCGACAACGGAAAUUGGAAGACAGCAUGGCUUCUGAUGCCGUUUCAAGAUCCAUUGGAUCAACCACGGUUCGGGGGCGAAACCCAAGAUCUGGAGGUGAUCGCGAGCUAUGUCCGAGCUAUGUCGGAGCUCGAAAAGAAAAGCAAGGGAUGGGCCGACAUCCCGCCUGGAGAUCGGGGCAAAGCAAAAGGGGGAAAGUCAAAGGGCAAGGGUCAGAAGACCGACAACAUGCCUGCGGCCGAGUGA